AUGCCUCCAGAUAGAGCGAAAAACGCUUGUAUCCCUUGUCGGGAGAGAAAGAGGAAAUGUGAUGGCAAGGAACCCUGUCAGAGCUGCGCCAAGGCCAAUUACGACUGUAAAUACGACCAUCGUCCUCGAACGAGACGACCUGCACGGAAGAGUCCGACGGAAGGAUCGACCCAGCGCACACAUAUGAAGCCUACAGUGACACCCGAUGAGCCCAUCUCGGCGCCUCUCUCAGCUGACGUGAAUUCCGCCGCUGUAUUGGCCAGAAAGUUGGGCUUUUCGUCUACAGAGUCCACGAUCCCCGGCGGUCUACGCUUGUUUGCAUGGAACUUGGGAAUUGGAGAGAAACCAACCGAGUACCUUGCACCAUUGCCACUUUGCGAGAUUCUAACGGUAGAUGCAAUGCGAGGGUUGGCAUCGGUUUACUUUGCAGAAGUUCACACCGCGUAUAACUUCGCAGAUCUUGACAUGGUUGACGUUGCCAUUGAAACCAUUCCCGAACAACAACUUUUUGACCCCGUGCAAUGUGUGCUGCUCGGAAUUGCUGCGCUGGGAUGUCUGUUCAGCCCCCAACCGAAGAAUAUCGAGGCGCAGAUUGUGCACAGCGCUCGCGUUACCUUGGAACAUUCAACCACAUUGGAACUGCCGUCAGUGGACCACGGAACCGGGUGGCUCCUGCGUGUUCUUUAUCUGCGGCUCACUAGCUCGCCGCAUGCAGCAUGGAUGGCUAGCUGCACGCUGAUGCAUAUGGUGGAAACGACAAACCUUCACCUUGAGCCAUCGGGCACGAUGCCGACCGCUACAGACAUAGGUUACACUCCGGAUUCCAGACGACGGCUAUACUGCGUUUCCCAGCUUUUUCACAUGUGGAUUUCCUACGACUACGGGCGCUCGCGAGUUAACUUGCGCGGAGCUUCCUGCUCGCUCCCAACGGAAGGAUUGACCGCGGACCAAAUCACAAUAUGGCAGUUAUCCGAUGCUCUGGAUGUGGACAGGUAUCUAGAUACGACAGAGCUAGAAAACCUUCUUCGGAAAACCAUCGCAUUGAAACUCUCUCAUCCCUUGCUGCAGUUGAAACGCUGUAGUAUUGGCAUGUGCAUAUAUCGCAGAAUCCGAGCCUUCGGACGGACGGGUACGGGCGAAGUAACCGGCCUGGUGCUUCAGCUGGCAGGAGAAGGUGUUGAUACGGCAGUGGAUCUCGCCUAUACGCGUUCUCCCUGGUGGCAUAUAGCGCAUGUGCCCUUUCAAGUUAUCUGCGUUCUCCUGGCUAUUGAUUCUCGGUCUUCACUCGAGGGUGUGAGGAAAUCUUUUCGGGCGCUACAAGUGAUUGCGGAUUGUUAUGGGACAAAUGUUCUGAAAGAGGCCGUUGCCAGCGCAAGCUAUAUUAUCGGCAUACAGUUACAGCGCAAGAAGGAAGAAUACGACUUGCUGAACAGCAUGGCGAGCGAUAUUCUCACGAAUGAGAUUAAUAAUGCCGGAUCACUCGGUCAGAGCCCGUUAAACCCUGAUUUUGGGCUACAGCAAACUGAUACUGGCCACUACAAUUAUGGAGAAUUUUUGGACCUUGACCAGCUGUUCACGGCCAACCUUUUCGCUCCAUAUGGAUGA